CCUUCAAUUUCUCAUCUUUAUGUUCACGUUGUCUUCCAGGUUCGCGACGGCGACACGUAUAGUGUCCUGACUUUUUGUGCUGCCGUCUGUUCAAAUGCGACGUCGGGCAUCUUGCGUUUGCUUUUCGCCGGUGCAGUCUUCCAGUGUGAGAAAAGUGCGCACCAUGGGGUUCCCUUGAUGCUCGACGGCUUUAAUCUUUGCUGUUGCUGUUUACUGCCUCAUUCCGUCCGGCGUGGACUAUGGCGUCGUUCACGUCCCCUUAUUCUCCCAUUGUCGUUCCGCCCCAGUCAUACUAUAGCUUUCUGCGCAAAAACGACAUCUUUCCUUCACAUUCACGCGCCUUCGUCGACGGUGUCUCUGGUGAACACGUUACUCGCGACACCGCCUGGGCUCAGAGCCUAUCGCUGGCUCAUGGCUUGAGGGCUGCUGACAGUGCAGGCCUUCUGCCGUUGCACAAGGGUUCAACAGUGCUGAUCGUGAGCCCCAACUCCACUUUGUACCCUGUCGUCAUGAUGGCUCUGUCUGCAGCUGGAAUUUGCGGGGCACAUGCGAGCCCCAUGUACGUUGUACACGAACUGGCCCAUGCGUUCACCAUCAGCAAUUCGUCACACAUCCUUGUUCAUCCUGCCGCGCUGCCGGUUGCGGUGGCCGCUAUGACGAGCAUGGGAUUCUCGCGUGCAGACAUUGAGAAGAGAAUCCUCCUGCUGGCCAGACGGCAGGACCUGUCUGCCUUCACCAUUCCACAAGGGGCUUGGGUCACUUUGGACGACCUGCUGGCCGCGCUUCCGGACACGUCCAGCUCAAGUAUUCCAGAAGAUUUCAACGGCAGCGAUGCGCACCAGACCGCAGUUAUUUUUUUCAGCUCCGGAACCACCGGUCGGAGUAAGGCUGUAGCCUUAACUCACUACAAUGUCACUGGGAUGUUAACCCAAAUUGACAAGGCGUGGCCACACUACCAACCCGAACAUGACGUCGUCCUUGGCGUAGUCCCCUUCUUCCACGUACUCGGCGGCGUCAUUGUCCUACUUUUCUCCUUCCUCAAGGGAAUCCCCGUCGUGUCCCUGCCUCGCUACGACCCGACACUGUUUCUCGCAACCAUCGACAAGUUCCAGGUGACGACCGGUCUCAUGGUGCCGCCCAUCGUCAACUUUCUCGCCAAGCACCCGCUCGUCGACGAUUUCCGUCUGGCGUCGCUGCGGUACGUUAUCGUCGGCGCGGCGCCGAUCUCGCCUGCGACGAUCGAGCUGUGUACGGAGCGCUUUGCGCGGCGUGGCGUCGCGCUGAAGGUCAGCCAGGCGUACGGGAUGAGCGAGACCAGCGGGUGUGUUUCCCUCGUUCCUUUGGAGCACCUCAAGGACGGCCAUGGGUCGGUAGGCCUCAUGAUGUCGAACCUUGAGGGGCGGAUAGUGGACAAGAGCGGGAGGGACGUGGCAGUCGGUACUCCGGGCGAGCUGUGGCUCAGAGGUCCGAAUAUCAUGAAGGGCUAUGUGAACAAUCCGGAAGCCACGGCCGAGACACUGACGCAGGAUGGAUGGUUGAAGACGGGAGACGUUGCUGUGCGGGAUAGCCAUGGAUUCUUGGCUAUUGUGGAUCGGUGGAAGGAGUUGAUCAAGUACAAAGGCUUCCAAGGCAAGUGUGCCCCUUUUAUCAUUGGAAUCCCAAAUGCUAAAAGCGAAAUAUCAGUGCCCCCCGCAGAGCUUGAGAGUGCAUUGACAGCUCAUCCGCUCAUUGCGGAUGCUGGAGUCAUUGGGGUUUACUCCGAGGCUGAAAGCACGGAGCUCCCAAGAGCAUUCAUUGUGCCAAAAGACGUGGCACUCAUGCAUGGCCCUGACGUGGAGAAGUUCAAGAACAACGUUCACGAGUGGCUUGCAAAGCGCAUUGCGCCCUACAAGCUCUUGCGAGGAGGUAUCGAGCUGGUAGAAGCAAUUCCACGUAACCCUUCUGGGAAAAUUCUCCGGAAGGACUUGCGCGGAUUAUCGAAGGGAGGGGCGAAGCUUUAACUAGCUGCCUACCAUCACAGCCUGUAGGUGCACUCAGGGCGGGCCGGGUGGCAUAGUAUGGACGAAUGAUUUGCAUGUAUAUGGUGGAUUCCAUCAGAUUUCUAUACAUCCCCUGCUUCACGAUACUAAUACUUAUGGCUCAGGCCUGAUUUCCCGUCAUAUUUCGGUUCUUCAGUAUUUUCAAUGGGAAUUGCACUCUCCGUGGGCAGGUAAGCACCUGUCGAAUAUAUGUUGCUGGGCAUGUCGUAAUACACAACUGUCUGCCUUACAAGUAGCGAGAAAUGUGCAGAAAUUGCUGAGUGCUUUGAAGAAGAAAUAAAGGAAGUUCGUCAAUAAUGCGAGAUUUAUUACAUAGCGCCCAGCUGGUCACGGUGGCGCAUUACCGGACUUUGACUCAGCCUGGGGGGGGGGGGGGGGGGGGAGUUUAUCCGGGUGACGGACCUAGCCUAUGUAGACAGUAUUUGGAGGUCCUAUGUCUUUCCAAAAAACGUCAGAUAGGUCUGAACGGACCUGACAGG